UCCCCCCCAGCAUCUCCCAGUUCUUCCCAAACCCUCCCAGUAUCUCCCAGUCCCUCCCAGUUUCUCCCAGUUCCUCCCAAUCCCUCCCAGAUCCCCCAGUUUCUCCCAGUAUCUCCCAGUCCCUCCCAGUUUCUCCCAAUCCCUCCCAAUCCCCCUAG